AUGGCGGGCGUGCAAGCAUCGGCGGUGCUCCGGGCCGGCAGGUGGCUCCUGCCGCUCACCAUCCCAGUGUGCUGCGUCGUGUGGAUGCUCCUCGUCUUCUCGCCUCCGACGCCCGAGCUCGAUGCGGGCCACCGCCAGAGUUUCCACGUGAGCGUUGGGGAGACCGUGGGCGCGAUGGAGCGUCGGGGCACGCCGCCGGUGGCCGAGCGUGGAGAUGUCGUACACGCGUCACCGCCGCCGCCGGAGCGUCUAGCGAGAACAAAAACGCCACCGUCGUCGCCUCCAGCGGCGCCGGAGAGCGAAGAGACCAUUGAAACGUCUCCGCCGCCUCUGGAACGCCGACCAAGAGCACGACCUUCGCAACCGCUGCCGCCGGAGCGUGAACAGAUCCUUGACGCGUCGUCACCGCCGCCGCCAGUGCGGCAAUCAAGAACAAAGAUUCCACCUUCGCCGCCGCUGCCGCAGCCGUCUGAUCAACGAUUGGCGAGGGCGCAGAAGAAGCCGGCAGCCGUGGCCGACAGGUGCGCCGGCCGGUACAUCUACGUCCAGGACCUGCCAAGCCGGUUCAACGCCGACCUACUCCGCGACUGCCGGUCACUAUCGGAGUGGACGGACAUGUGCAGGCACGUCGCCAACGCCGGCAUGGGCCCGCGGCUGACGCGCACCGGCGGCGUGCUCCCGCCCACGGGCUGGUACGACACGAACCAGUUCACCCUCGAGGUCAUCUUCCACAACCGGAUGCGGCAGUACGGCUGCCUCACCACCGACGCCUCCCGCGCCGCCGCCGUCUACGUGCCCUACUACGCGGGGCUCGACGUCGGCCGGCACCUGUGGGGGUUCAGCAACGACGUGCGCGACGCCCUCGCCGAGGACCUCGUUGGCUGGCUCCGGUCGUCGCCCGCGUGGGCGGCGCACGGCGGGCGUGACCACUUCCUCGUCGGCGGCCGCAUCGCGUGGGACUUCCAGCGCGAGGACGGCGGCGAGUGGGGCAGCCACCUGCUGUUCCUCCCGGAGGCGAGGAACAUGACGGCGCUCGUGCUCGAGUCCGGCCCGUGGCACGUGGGCGACGUGGGCGUGCCGUACCCGACCUACCUCCACCCGUCGCGCGCCGCCGAGUGCGGCCGCGGGCGGCGCAGGGACUGCUACGCCCCCGGCAACGUCAUGCACCAUCUCAAGAGCGCGGCCUUCUGCCUGCAGCCGCCGGGGGACUCGUACACGCGGCGGUCGGCGUUCGACGCCAUGCUCGCCGGCUGCGUGCCGGUGUUCUUCCACCCGGGCUCAGCUUACACGCAGUACAGGUGGCACCUGCCGGCCGACCACACCAGGUACUCCGUGUUCGUGCCGGGGGACAGCGUGCGCAACGGCACCGUGCGCGUGGAGGACGCGCUCCGGCGGUUCGGCCCGGCAGAAGUGGCGGCGAUGAGGGAGCAGGUGAUCCAGAUGAUACCCGGCAUCGUGUACAGGGACCCGAGGGCUCCCUCCACGGGUGUGCAGUUCAGGGACGCCUUUGAUGUGGCCAUCGAUGGCUUAAUCAGGAGGGUCAACAGUAUAAAGCGGGGGCUGCCUCCACGGCCGGACGACGAUGACCUGCGCCGGUGGGAUGGCUAUUUUGACAUGCGGUGA